GACUGAAAAUCACAGCGCGUCAAUUGGUUGGUGCGUUAUGAGGUUGAUAAGUGGCUGUUAAGUAGGGUGAAUAAGAGACUUAUUCAGAAUUAACUCUGAGAAUGUUUAACUUUUAGGUACAGGAGCAGUUUUUUAAUCAUGCAUUUACAUGUUGCGUCAUAAUCACACUGGAGGAGUGAUCACAGCAAUUGGGUUCGCACUCUCGAUAGUAUCGAGAAUAUGGCUCAAAAUCGUUUGCAAUGGCGCAGGUGCAUACAUUCUUUGUGUUCUCCAAAAUUCUAAUCUCCUGAUUCCCCCUUAUCUCUUUUUCUCUUCCCAAAUUUAUUUCACUGGAUCAUACUCUUUAAAUAACAUCUUCAAAACUUAAUCUUACCGAUCACUGCUUAUACUCUUAUCUCUACCACUACGGGAUUUAAAUCGACAACUGCAUCUCGGUGCUAAUGUGGUGUGGCAACUAGACUGGUGUACGUACGUACGAAGUUCUGCGUUGUUACUGACUGACUCUCGAUAGUAUCAUUGUUGGAUAACUCAUGUGUAUUGUACUGACAUCUUUAAGAGACUAGUAAUGCUGUCGGUAUGAUACUGAAUUGUUGUAAGAAUCGAUAGCAGAAAACAAUAAAAUUACAAUAGGGUAGUUGUUUUCUAUGGUUAAUCACACUUCUCAUACUAUAUUAUUCAUUAUGGAAUAAGGUUAAAUUUACACAUUAAAAGUUUGAAUAGAGUUGUAUGUUGGGGUUGUUAUUUUGUGGGGUGCUUAUCACGAACUAUGAUGCUUUAUCGUCCCUCUUUUUUCUAACCUAAAAACCUUGCCGCUUAGGUUCAGGGUUUGAAGUAAAGAAAUGGUAAGCCUCAUAGGCACAUUCAAAUAUGCAGAGAAUAACAUCAGUUACUUUGUUACUCAGGCUGCAUCAGGGUCAGGUAUUUCUUUUCAUUCAGUUAAAUCAGUCAUACUCACGUUUGUUGCAUAGUUUACAUUUUCGUCAAUUUCAAACAUUUUGCUGGCCAAAUAUUGGCAAUUUUUAUGAUUGGUAAAAUCAUACAAGUUCUUGACUUUAAGCAGUAAUGUAUGGGGCUCCAUCGUAAUUUCGAUCGUUUCAAUCAACACCGUUGGUGCUGUGCUCUACUGUAUUGUGUAUUUUUUUGAUCGUAUGAUUUUCUUCAGCACAUGUACUCCUCAUAAACUUGAGUGUCAUGAUGAAUUGUCCCGGCACAUUAUCUCAAGCCAGUAAAGGGAACGAGGAUAUCCAAAACUUUCAAUAAUAAUGUUAAAGUUCAAAAAGCACUUAUCUUUUUACGAAAUAAGGAAUGUGCAGACACCCGACUAUUAUCUCCUUCCGCUGCUUCCAACACAGUUAGUUAAAUGCUAUGAAUGGAACGUCUCUCCCACCGUAUACAUCAAAUUAGCUGUAGCUAACAUUGUAUGAUAUGUUAUAAAUUAUUGUAAGUUAAAUCAAUACCACAUUUUCACACUUGAGGCAUCUUUGGUGCAACACCUGUAACGGCAUGCUUUCUCUGACUAAUGGCAGAACCUCGAAUGAUAUAUUAGGUAUCGUUCCAAUUCCGUAUUAUCGAGACCUUUCUUUAUUGAUUUUUGGGUAUGUGCAUAUGGUUUAAUAAUGUUCCGUCUUAUUUUCUUGAUAGUUGUACACAUUCAUGAUAGAUAUUUACAUUCUCAUUACUUAAGCUAUACUAUUAAGAGUAAGUACGUUUGCAAAGUACUCCCUGUACAUAUUGCUGAAUUGAACUCAUUUCGACCAAGAAUUUCACGUUUGCAAUUCAGAUAAAAUCAAUGUAUUGAAUGACAGUCUGAGAUAAAUUGGGAAGAACCAAAGGGGUACUUUUAAGUUCUAGUAUAGUCAGCUUUUAAUGGUGAGUCGUUAAUAAAACAUUCUCCACAACCAUUUGAAAAUAAAUAGUACUAAAUUGAGGCAAUGGUCAUCAGACCUUACUAGCACUUACGUGGAAUCCUCGGUAGAUAAAGCAACGUUAGAUGAUAGGCAGAUAUCACUGGAAGGUAACUAUCCUAAAUUUGAGAUAAUUUGUUUCUCCAUAUAACGGCGCAUGUCCUGUUAGCUUCAGUGGGUUACGUGAGAACAACCAUUUCCAUUUGAUUUUUAAAGGGUUCAGUCUAAUUGGUAUUCUGUCUUAUUGUCGCUGCUGUUACCUGUACUUUUUUGCUUUGGCCAUUUCAUAUCUCAUAUAUGUUUGUUGAUUGGAUUGUUUUGCUCUACUGUCUCCUACUCAGACUGCCUUUAUCAAGACCAAAAGUCCUAUUUUGAAUUUUUUCUAAAAGUAAAUGUUACCACGCAAUAUGGUUUAUUUCCAAGUGUAUUGUUUUGUCCUUCAUGAGCCAAUACUUAUCUAUACAAUUUAAAUGUGAUACAGUUAGUUUGAAAGUGGUAUUUCUUACGACUAUGCUGCUAUUGUAUGCUAGUCAGUUUUCGGUGUACAUAAUAAAGAUUUGGCUGGGUAACAACUUUAGUUGGCAAUUUACUUUUGAGCACGCAGCGUUCCUAUCAGGAUUUCUUCAUCCGUCGCACAUAUUCGUAUAAACCACAGUAUGUCGAGGUAACGGUUGAUUCCUACCAGUAAACUUUAGUAGUGACAAUAAGAAAACCAAAUCGAUUUGAAAGUUGUCUCGUAUACAAUACUUUGAAGAGUCCUGAUAUGAGCAUUCAUUUCAAUGCCGCGGCAGUACCAAGCGAUCAGUCAGCCAGCUACCAUCCAGCGAUAAACCAACGGAAAGCCAGUGAAUUAAGAACUACAGUUAGUAACUGUUACAGAUUUCUUGUAAAAUUGCCAUCAAAAGAAGUGUACGUCUUGUCAUUAUCGUUACCUUGGCCUCAAACUAUUAUGAUUAUUUCAUUUCGUUUUUAAAAACGUCAUACUCUAUCCUUACGUCCCAUAUCCUCAUGAUUUUAUCCGUAAUUGUUUCUGGUGUUUAACUAUUUUAACCAAGAUAUUUUGAUCAUCUUACUUCAAUCCGUUGCUAAAUUAUUAAUUUUACAAUGCUUUCUAUUUGGACAAUCGUUUAUUGUUAUUAUUCAUAUUACAUAAUCUUCCUAUGAAAUCAUCAUGUUUAUUCCUUCGUGUUUUUAGUCAAUCAGAACGUUCCAUCUAUUCGUACUGAAAUCUACUUUGUUGUUUCAACUUGAAAUUAUUCUUGUCACAACGGUCAUUGACUAGGAACUAUCCCUUUUUAUUUAACUUUAUCAAAUACUUCAUUAAACUGAUUCAUUUGAAUUACUAUAAUAUAUACAACCCAAUAUUUUAUACAGCUACUAAAAUUUCUUCGAAUACUCGUUAGUCAUGAAGUUGGAUAACAUUCGACACACAUAUAGUCGGAUAAUAUUGUUCUCAUAAAUAAAUAGUAUAUUUGUAAUAUUAAUUUGGUUAUUUAUUCUCAGAAGAAGUGACUUGCACUAAGUCACGAAACGACAGGAAAUCUAAUUUUUCUACUCAUUGGGAUAUUACAAAUAUACUAUUUAUUUAUAACAAUCUACCCAAUGCUCAAUUUAUUCGAAAUUAUCAAAUCAAACCCUGGUAAUGAUACCUAUAAUAUUGUUCUCAGUUGGAUCAUUAUCUGGCUUCACUCUAAUAUACAUGGAUAUUUAUAUGAAAAUGCUAAACUAGUCAAGGUAAUUUUCGGGUCAACGAUCACAGUGAAAUAUAUUGCAUAACUAGGCAUAAUAGGUAAUAAGUAUAAAUUGGUAGUAAGAAAACGGCUGUACCAGUAGGGAUAAGAAUAGUAAAAAUUCUAGCCAAUAUUUUAAAACACAUAGGACAAAUUUAGAUAAAUAAACUAAUGAUCACGAAACACCACUCAGACCAUGUAAUGUUAGGUGUGUAAAUAAACAGGUAGUGAAUAAUGUGAACGAAAAAGGAUGAAGAAUGAACAAAUAGAGGUAAUUAGUCAGUUUUCUAAUAGCCUCUGCUACAUGUAGGAAACGGGAUCUUACCCCAAUGGGGAGUGAUGGUGUACUAUAGAUCGCACGGAGCGAUUGGGUCUUUGCUAUCACUUGAUCACUGUCAACAAGGUGUAACAAGAUAAAGCUGUGGCUCUUUCCAAACCAUUCUGGGAGAUGUCCACAUAUUCGUUAGCUAAGUCGAUUGGUAGUAAACCCUAUAUAGACAAAUCAAACUAUCGACUUGUAUAUUUUACCUAUCAAAAGUAGUUAUGCAAAUUAUUUUAUUAUGAUCAUUGACUCAAGAAUUGUCUGGACUGGCUUAAUAUUUUCAUAUAAAUACGUAUAUUAAAGUUAAGCCCGAUUAUGAUCUCACCGGAAACGUCAUUCGUUCACAUGCGUUAUAAUUUUCACUGGAAAUAUCUAAGCCUACAUACAGUCCUCCGAAGAUUUAUCUAAAAGGUAUUGUAUCUAGGAUUGUUUAGAUUGAUUUAUCUCUGUAGCAUGUAACCUAUGUAAUAAAAUCUAAAUUCACGUACCGAAGUCACUUUAAAGCAUCUGACGAAUGGCUAUUAGCAUCGAAGUAAGAACCGUAAUAUCAAGUCACAGAACAGUAUCCAACUCCAGUUGAGCUCAUUGAUCACUUUGCAUAAUGACUAUUUCACUCUUUCCCGUUGCUCUGAAAACCGAUAUUUCUCAGUAAUGUCAAGAAAAAUAAUGAGAUGAGUCAUGCAUGACUUCAUUAAUUAUUUUGUAUACACAAAUUAUUACGAAUUCUUAUCUAUGUACGCGUAUGUGUUUGUGAGUGUCUUCACAUUUACCUGAUCUAUCAUUCAAGCUAGAUCCUGCAUUUUUGGUUCAGGAUUUUUUCAUACACACGUGUGAUAAUUCAUAUAUAUACUUACAACUUUCAUUUGAUUCUUACAAGUACUUAUUCAUUUCAAUGUCGUUUGUUCUGUCUGGGGAACAAGCUUGUUUGAAAUAAAUCGUACUUAAUAACACUUUGUAUCGUGACUCAUUUACCGUCUCACUGGAGGUAACGUAAUCGCAAAGUUAUUUAAGUCAAUUAACAGUACUAAUUUAAUACAGAUAAGAGGGCAGUAAAAAACCAUCAGCUAAAAAGACCUAAACGUACAUGUACUUUAGUUACUAUUUAACUAACAUUCGUAUGUGUAUGUUGUCAACAGUCUUAGGGGUUAGACGAAACACACAACUGUUUAAUUCUAUGCUUCCACUCAAUUUAGUUUUAUCGAUGUAAUAAACUACAAAUUUUAUUUUGAAGAUAAAAUAUAUUGACUGAUUUGGAAAUCACUUAUUAUCGAAGUGGUGAAGUUCGAACCGAUAUGCGCUAAGCCUGAAUAUAAUUUUACGUUAAACGGAAAAAUAUCUUUGUGAAGACAAUCAAAUAUAUGUGGAUGUCUCUUUCGAUGAUAAUAGUUUGUAAACAAACAAGCAAAUUAUUUACGAAUACAGUUUUCAAGGACCAGAAGUCUGAGCAAUUUCUGAUAGUAAUGAACAAAUAUCACUACCACCAAAAAUGCGAAAAAGCAGAAGCAUAUCGAAUAUAUUGAUCUUACUAUGCUUUCCAUCAUUAAAAGUAAAAUAUUAGAUGCGAAAUUAUGGUCUCUAGUCUUUGCCUUACCAAAUGUAUAUCACAGAGUAUGGUUUUAGAACUCAAGCGCAACUAAAUCCUGUGCGGAAUUAAAUAUGAGAUCUUACUGAAAAUAACGACUAGUAUUUUUGAGCAACAAACUUCUAUCUCAUAAGACAGGUUACAGAUUACCCAUAAGUAAACAGGAUGAAGCAUUGAGGACAAAGACCUGGUCAUUGUUUUGUGUUCAUAAUCAGGAAAAUAAUAACUAUGUACAGUAGAGUAAACGAAACUGACGGUUGUAUUUCUGACAAAACACAACGAGCUGGAUGAGACAACGAUUUCUAAGUAGGGCUCUUCUUAUUUACACUUCGAAAAUGUAUGAUAAUACCCCAGUGAAACAACUAAUGACUCCUCGUUGAGAUGUAAAAGAAAUAUAUGUCAGUUUGUCUGAUAGAUUAAGGUAACAUAGUGUAAAGGACUGUUCACUAAGAAUCCACAUAGAAAGGGCAACGUAAAUGCUACUUUUUGGUAAUAUCGAAAUCCAAAGCUACUACAAAGAAUUGCUACUGCUACUUUUUAACAGCGGUUUGUUACACUUGGCCAGCUAAGAAUAUGGUGCGAAAUGAGACUGACGACUUCAGUCAUACUGCUUUGUCCCAUGAUAUUCUGUGACUAGUUUACUUUCUUCACAUUAAUAAUCUGCAAGGAGAUUUGAGUUUAUGGGACGAAUACCGUACUGCCUAAACAAAUGUACUAGACGGAUAUCCAGACAAUUGUUUCCUUCACUUCAUAAUAUUGAUUCAAAGCCCUCCAAGAACAAUUGACGAAAUGCUUUGAACACUUCGUUGUUUUUAUCAAUUGAAUUUAAAGUGAAUGUAGUUUAGUGCCGAACUCUCAGUUACGCCAUUAAAGGAUAACUCAAGAUAUAUAAUGAUGAACGUAUAAACAAGUGUUAACUCUUUGUGCAUAGAUAUAUAAGAAUCUCAUUCGACCCACCUCAAUGUACUGCUUUUAGUGUUUCUCAUUAAACAAACAGAAAUGUGAUUUAUUGCCUUCAUAUUAAUAAUAGACGUUUUCUUUAAAUUGCGCAUUAUUAACACGAAGCCAAAACUAGAAGUCCUCUAAGUUUAUUUUUGUCAUAUUAGACAUACAGAUUUUUAAUUUCCCUGUCAUCUGCUAGACGUUGACGUGUACAGACAAAUAUCAAGAACUUGCAAGUUAUUAAACGAGUGACUUUGCUCUACAUUGGUUGUCAGAACGAAGAAAUUAAUAAGACGCUGCUCGCAUUUGCGAUCCACAUGUAAUUUAGUGUGAUAUGGGCUAGUGUAAAGAAACGUCCACAUUGUGUGGAUCAUGCACCAGCUAGCAGCACUGACUGUAUACAAAAACGUUUGGUUGAAUGGUCUUUGAUUAAAUAUCAGUGGUUGUUUAUCUGUUGACGAUGCGCAAGCCAGAGAUUCAAAAUGUUUGCGCAAUAAUAAUAGUUAUCAUUUCAAUUUAAGCCCUAUAUGAUACUGCCAUAUAUAAAAAUAACAUUAAGAUAUAUAAAUAAUGGGAGGUUGAGUACGUCCACUCCCUAUUUGACUAUUUCUUUCUAAGUGAAAAAUAUAUCGAGCAACAUUUUUCAUACAUAAGAGUAUAGGAAUAGUUCUACGCUAACAUUCAAAUCGGUUCAUGAAAACAAAUCAGAAUCGAGAUAACACUGCAUACUAAGAAGCAUAUUUGAUGUCAUCCGGUUAAUAAUAAGGUACUUUUUGAUACGUUAUAUUUGAUUUUAGAUGACUGGGAUAAAAUUGACGAGUACAUCUUAAGCAGCAAAGCAAUUCUAAGUGCAAUUUACGGAAUGGAACAAUAUGAGUAACUUAAUUAAGGCAAUAACACCUACAACACAUGGUAAAAAAUAUUUAGAUCUAUAACGUGUGAUAAGCUACACAAAUUCAGGAAUCUUAUCGGCUUGUGUGUACAAGUUAUGAAAGGGACAGUUAGCGGGUUGAUUAUUCCCACAACAAACAUAAGUACAGCUGAGAUAUUCUAAGGACUGUGUAAAACAACGCACAAUUCGCCACAACCGCCAAAUAAAUCAUGAUGUCUAACUAGACUAAACAACUUUUAGGGAAAAACCCUACAGGACAAUAACAUUAUUUACUAAUAGCUAUGGCAUGAGAAGACUACCAUACUUGGUUUUUGAUUGGCAUAUUAUUGCCUCACAUUCAAUUUGAAAAUGUCAUCAUCCGAACCAGGUCGCCCACGCAAUCUUUUCGAUACAUUGCGAACAUUAGUCAAAUCUGAGAAAGGUUUGUUUUUUAUAGUCAGUUACCUGAUUUAACAGACUGGUAUCAUUUGCGGUUAUUCAUUAAAGAAGGACUGUGUAGUUGAUUUUAAAUAUCAGUAUGGCAGGAACGCUAAACCUCGGUUCCACAAUAUUCCUUUACAAUUUUGAUUACUUAUACAAUAUUAAACCAUUUAUUGGUCUGUAGGGUUUUCAUAAAAUAUGUAUUGCUACUUAUCGCUUUUAGAUGAUACAAUUCCGCGUACACGAAAUGCGUCUCAUGGUAAUGACAGUAAUAUUUCAUUAUUAAUCAAGCCUGAGGCUAAUGAUACAUCGACAUCUCAUGUACACUUUAAUGAUCAAACUGUUAACAGCAGCAAUAAAACUGUUGGUUCUAUGCUGAUUCAUGAUGGUGAUCAUGCUGAUAACUUGUUGAAUCAGAGAACGGGUAUUUGCAAAGCCAUUUCAUCAGUCAGAAAUGAUAUUCAGAUUUCACCAAAUCCUGCUCCAGGUCCUUCACAGAGUGUAUGUAUAUCAAAUGUAAUUGGUGCUAGUGCUGAUUUUAUAAAUUCUAAGUAUAAAUCGCCGACCACGUCUUGCACUUCCUCAACUCAGAAUAGCUGUUCUAGUGAUACCUCUGGUUCACAAAUGGGGGAUUUCCACGCACUAUCUGUUUCGUCUAGGCGUAUGACCGUUAUUCAAGAAACACCUCACGGUACUCAUCACUAUCCUUCGAUUCCUCUGAGUUUAUCAACUAAUGGUCUUAGCGAGUCAUAUAACGACGAUCCCGUUUUACGAGAGUAUAUUCAUAAAAAAUGUACACUACUAAGAUACCCUAUUCAGUUGGCCUUGGCAAUGUCGAAGUUGUGUUCACCAUCAAAAUUAUGUACCAUAUCUGGCAAACAAACAAAUCCCCCUGGGUUUAAUAAGAGUUCACCUCGUCACCUUUCCGAUCACGGUUACAUGGAGAUUGAUGCUAGCCAUUUUACUCUAAAUCCAUCUGCAAUACUUGCUAAAAAUAAUAUUGUAAUGAUUAGUAAUAUGAACCGGCCCCGAACAAAGGCUCAAUUACGUCAUCUAAAUGUUAACAAAUCAAGUCACUCAUCAGAUAAGACAACACAAGAUUUCGCUUCACAAUCUAAAAAUAAAAUCACACAAUCAAAGGAAUCUCAAAGGCUUACACCAAUUACGAAUGAAUCAGAUGUAAUUGAAAUUCUUUCCGAUGAAGAGGAAAAAUGUGGUCCAUCCACACCACAAUACAAAAAUCCUUGUGUUCUUAAAAGCCGCCAACUUCGUCACCGAUCUCAUCAGUUUUCUAAGAAUCUCCGGAAAACAACCAGACUGUCUACAUUAUACAGGUCCCAAGUUACCCCUAACUAUAAAUGGAAAUUGCGGUCAACAGAAGAUUCUGUUGGACUUCGAUUAGUUUCUUCGCUUGAUUUCGAUAGAGAUCCAGAAGCGAAACUAUCACAGACUCCACAUUGGGUUUAUACUUAUGCAUCAAGAUAUGAAAAAAGUGAAAUGAAAUCUCAUUUGUUACUUGGAGAUGUCUUACGAAUUUUAUAUUUAUUACUAGUAAAUCGUAGAAAUCAAUUAGUUUUAAGAAAUGUUUUAAAACACUGUCGACAUUAUUGUCGUAGAAUACCUUCAGGUGAUAUUCAUAUUUAUACAUCAACUGGUUUAUCACCGUUAAGAUCGAUUUCUUUACCACACUAUUCAUGCACCAUUUCAAAAUCUACUCCACUAUUUAUUGUACACUGGUAUUCUGAUAAUAUUUUAAAAGAAAUAUUAACUGUUACGUAUAGUUGUUUACCAUUACAUGAAACUUGGUACGAUUGUUGUCCAAAAAUGUUACUGCAUACAUUAUCAUAUUUAAUUUUUAAACCAGAUGCAAAAAAGCGUAUUUUAAGCUUUGCAAAAACCUUCUCUAUUAAACCUGGACAAAUGCCAAGUGCGUUUUCAUUGUUACCAAUAAUGCGAACAAACGAGAACGAUUCUACGAAAUGUUCAUCACUUGAUAACCUACAUGGUGACCAUCAUGAUUUGGAAUUGUAUGCAAAGUUAUCUGAUUGUCUUCCAAAAUCACUUACAACUAUAUUGAAAACGAAUUUCGGUUUGCCCGUUUAUCAUAUUGCAGGAUUUGGACUGCUUAUUAAUUCUUUUCAUAACACUUGCAUUCAUGUUUUCACUGAUACCAAGCCAAGUGUGCAUUAUAAUUUGAAUGUCCCGUUGAAUGAACAGUUAUCCGUUAAUUUGUUCAUUAUCAUGCAACAUUUACAUCAAGCUGUAUCUGUUUGUUUGUGCAGACUACGUGAUUCUUAUGCUUCGCUUAUGUCAGCUGGUGCCUGUCUAAGAGCAAGAUAUGAACUUUCAAAAACCCACUGUAACGAUACUCAGCAACUGUCUUAUUUACGUAUUGCUCGAGGUCGCGCACGUCUUUUCGAAUCAGAAGCCGUUGCUCGAGAUAAUAUUGGUCGCAUAUUUAAUGAAGAGGUUAACCCUCAUAUUCUUAAUCUAAUAAACCUAUUGGAACGUAUAUACCAUAGUUUACGUCACUUAACUGGAAAUACUUUCUUAUUUGGUCCAUUUUACAAUCAGAAUAUUAUGUCUUGCAAUGAUGGAAACUUGACUUUACUAAACUCCAAACAAUGGGUUGUCGAGUCGCUCAAAUAUGUGAAAAAAUUAGUUCAUUUGUCAAAUGUAAUACCAAAGUUUAACUUUUCUCUCUUUAUUGAAACAUCUUUUCAUCUAUUAGAAUAUCUAACUAUUGAUGUAACUAGACAUCUUCAUUUAGUUAUGGAAAAAGUGUUAUCUUUUAAGAAUCAACUAUCGCAGACCUAUACAUCCAUUACUAACUCUUGGAUUCCAGCUUACAAAGGUUUAUCCACUGAAGUUAAUUCACGUGCUGAUAUUGACUUGAAGUAUUUCUUUUCGUCACUGCAAAGCCAGUAUGAUGUAAUUGAGGUUUGGGCUCGACGUCAGCAUGAAACAGAAUUAAGAUCUAUUGGUAACGAAAUGAUAAACCUUCUCAAGAUACUUGCUAAAUGCUGGAAUUGUCAGUGGUUAUAUAGAAAUUUGAAGUUACCAUGUCCUGUUUUAAGUAUUCCAUAUGGUUCCAAAAAUAAUUCAUCUCAUUUAUUUCUGAAAGAACCUGGCAUAAUUUCGUUAUCGUCUUGGCCACCAGUUCAUCCCAGUUUUAUUCUUACUCAACAUAUAGUCCAAACAAACUCACAGGAACACACCAAUCAGAACGUUAGUUCUCUCAGCAAUGAUACACAGGAGUUUGUCUACUCAAAACUGACAUUUUCGCAAGAUACUUCGACUAGAAUAUCCAGUUCUAACCUAAAAACAGAAUUACCUUCCAUCGUUAAUAAUAAAAGCCAUAAGGCUGGUGCAUGUCAUUUUUCACCGAGCAAUAAUUUUGUUUGUGAAACGCUAUCUAGUGAGCAGGUUAGUGUUACUUCAGAUUUAAGUGUUAAAUCUCCUGUACCGCAAGCUGUCAGUUAUCAUUUUUCUAGCUGUCCACCUGAUAUAAAUAUUCUCACCCCUUCUGACCAAUUUCUUCCAGUUGAUAGCACGACAAAUACAUCCACGUUUGCAUCAUCAGAUCUUCGCAGUCAUCGAACUACUGGAAAAUUAUCAACUACUAAAAAUUUACUUACACAGCCGACUUUAAAAAACAACUCGAAUUUGCUGAACUCAGAUAUUACAGAAACUAACUACCAUGAUUCAUCUUUUGCUAGUGUAAAUAAUCCUUUAGUUACUGACGUCAGUAACAGUAGGCUGGAGUUUAAUUUAACAGACACCAAUAAAAAAUCGUCUAAAGAAGCAACACUGGUGGAAUCAUGUGUUCAAAAUUUGUGUGAACCUUGCCAGAAUCACCCUACAUCCAUUUUGAGUGACAAUGUAUCAAAAAAAGAUGCCUAUUCAGUUGAUACACAAUAUUGUAAUGCUCAUAGUGAGACUAAUGUUAAUCAAGAUUAUCAGAUUACAGAUGAAAUUUCACCACCUGUCGAGUGCUUACUCACAGUCUCUCAAGAUAAUGACCCAUUACUUCAGAACAAUGUACGAAUAUCAUAUACACCAACUUUCAAGAACUUGAUAGCAUGCGAUACCAAUCAAAUCGAGAACGGCUAUUCAAAUCAGUCUUCAGUUGUAGUAAAUCAUCCGAUCAUAUCUCCAAAUGUUGCAAAUACAGUCAUUUCAAACUCAUCAACCUUAUCGAACUCACUACAAAAGACGUGUAAUGGACAUGCUAACAUACCCCCACAUACAUCUCCAUCCAUUUGUGAUAAAGAUCUCAUCACUGAAAAUAGGGCUUUUCCUACUAUUUCUCCCAAGAAUGCUGAUAUUCAGAACUCAAAGUCCAAAUUUUCUCAGCCCCCACGAGAUGUUCACGAUCGGAAUGGUUCGCUAGAUGAAAGUGUUCCCAUCUCAGGUUCGAAGUCUGAUCUACCCAUUUCCUCAAGCUCAUGCGACCCAGUCUCCACAAAUUCCAAAACUUGUGAUCAUCACGCAAUGAAUCCCUUUUCGGGAGAUGCUUUUGCUAAAUCACAAAGAUGUUCAUGUCCUCCUCUAGAAGAAAAUAAGGCUAGUAAUAAUUUCAGUUUCGUUAAUAAUAAAACGAGUGAGCUAGUAGGAUCUACUGACAUGUGUAAAAAGCAGUCGAAAGAAAAAUCUGUUAAAAAAGUGUGUAUUUACCUACCGGAUAAUGCUAUUACUAAUUCUCCUACUAAAGAUAUUGUGUCUCAUUGUAAUAGUGAAGAAAAUCAUGAAGUAUCCGACGAACCAGAUAAUUGUAUAAUAUCCCUUGACAGACGACGAGCUGGAAAGCUUAAACGAAGGUUAAAAAAAAUUAACCACUCGACAUUCGAAAUACAAACAUCCACUACUUCCUCUGAUACCUCAGACACUUCUCAAAUCAUUCUUGUAAAUAGUAGCGAAAGAGCUUCCAAAGAUAUACAAGCAAUGAAUAAUAUAUGUUACAAGCCGAUCACUAACAGUAGUCUUUCGUUUGAGGGAACUCUGCUCAAUUCAUAUAAUUUAACUAACAUCGAUGAAACCCACUCAGUCAAUAACAUUAAACCUGUUACUCCUUGGCCAAAAGAGAAAUCUUUGCAUCCGCAAGCUCCUGGUCCAGUCACAGCCGCUAUAUUAGGCCAGUCUGUUCCCGUAUUAUCUUCUGAUAUUUCAAUUGAUCUAACUGUUGAUGAUUAAAAUAGACAUAGUGUUAACAUUAAAUAGCAUCUAAACUAAGUACCGAUCAGAACAUCCACUACUUACAAAAAUUUGUGUAUAAUCUUGUACAUAUUUAUUGCUCUCCAAUUCUAUACCAAGAUUCAUUUUGUGCAUUUCACUGAAUUUUACUCUGCGUCAACUAUUUUUAUAGCUUCAUUUUAUGAUACAUUUAUUUAAUUCUACAGGGUUUUAAUUAUGUAACGAAUUCCUUGUGGCAUAAUUUUUUGUCAAUUUUACCAAUAAAAUAGUUCAUUUUCUUGAGUGUGUUGCCUCAUCCCUGGGUUUUCAUGCUCUGAAACCCACCGUAAAUAACUUAAGACAUGGAUAUGUACCGGCUCGUUACCACAUUGGAUUAUCUGAGAAAUUCAACAAAGAGGAGUCAAUGAAAAUAGCAGUGGACAAACUAAACUGGAUGAGUAUUUGAAAUAUAUGAAUUAAUUCAUUAAUAUAAACUACGUAAUAAUGCUAAACUCAAGAGUAAGAAGAAUGAGAACUGCAUCUAAUUUAUUGCUUUAUCAUCCAGACUUUGAACAGUUAUCUGUUAAGCAUGAAUGAGGAGGUGUAGACCUCCCCACACAUAUCCUAGUUCAGAAGUUAGUGACUCUGUGGACUGAUACCAUAUCUGGCCGCCGCUAGUCCCUUCGUUCCUUCUGCACUGACGACCAUUACAUGUUGCGUAAGGCACACGUACCGUGGCUUUUCGUCGCACUUACUGUUAUUGCUUCUGUGCUCAUUUUGUUGAUUUUUUUUAUCCAGCUAUCCUAGUGCUAUGGCAACUUGGGUCCUAACAGUAAUUAAC